ACACAUUGAGAGUAACUUGACGCUGUGUCACCGUAGUGUCUCUUCCCCACAAUGUCUUCACCGGUUCCUUCUCUGCUGCUCUCUCUGCUCAUCCUUCUCAACAGUGAACGUGCAAAGCCUGGAGCUCAAGAAACCCUGUCAAAGGCCCAUCUGACAGUGAAUCAUACAGACGUCUCUAUCGCUGACUCUGUGACCCUUCGGUGUGAAGGAGCUCAGCCUGAGUCCCUCUCUGGAUCUCACUGCUAUUUCUUCGCCAGCAAUAAAAGCCUGAACGAGGUUCCUUUAGAGUGUCGGAGCUCAUUCACUGGAGAUCAGCUGAUCGGCGGGAGUCUCGGUGCAGCCAAACAGGUGGACCUGCAGUGCUCCUUCGCUCUCGGGAGUCACCCGUCCCAACUCAGCGCUCCGGUCUCAGUCACGGUGCACGCUCUUAUGAAGCCCAGCAUCUCAGUCAGCACGAGUGAGUCACAGGUACAGAUUCUCUGUGAAGCUCCUUCGCGCAUCACUGCCGCCGAGUUGCUCUUCUUCCUGUACGACGAGGGAAAUAAUCAAAUUGAUGUGAAAAAAGCUGCAGCAGCAGAGCGAUCAGCCACAUUCCGCGUUGUUUACAACGCCUCCGGUGUACAAUACUGCUGUUCCUACCAGUACAAACGGAUCAACUCUCCGCUCAGCGACUGUGUCGGAGAAGAGCAAACGCAACCAGGAGGGACACAAAUUGCGGUGGGCGUGGCUACUGCGGUGGGCGUGGCCCUGCUUGCAGUGACAGCUGUGUGCCAGUGUGUGAGACGCAGAAAAGCUGCGCCAGCCAGCCGCAGGGCUGCCGGGGCACCCAGCAAAGACCCCGCACAGGCUGCUGCAGGUUCAAGAGGACAGGGGACACAUGGAGAUGAUGAUGGGAUGAGUGCCACCAGUCGCCACAGCAUUCCCGCUCUGCCGCCCCCUUGUGAUCUGACCUACUCGGCUAUCCGUCAUCAAGACUCCGCCUCCAAACAGCCAGCGCAGCGCAUCGAGGACGUCGUCGUGUACAGCAGUGUGAACACGCACUGAUUUGGAAAGAGCGAGAGUGAGGAAGAGCCCUGUGUAACGCAGAGAACCUUCUGCCAUAUUCAGUGAUGAUGUCGUGUGUAUCGGGCCAUCAGUAAACGGAGAACUUUUACCGCGGGAAACGACGAGUGGCAGAGCAUUGCAGACCCAACACGCACCAUACAGCGGUUCAUGACUGAACCAGCGUGUGACUGAAACAGCCCUCUGUCUGUCGGCUGCACGAUGCGAGUGUGACCUCCUGCUGGUGGGCAACGCAGCAGCUGAACAGGUUAACGGAAGUGUUUCUGCGCAGUGACCGCUGUCGUACUGCGGUAAAGACUAGACAUCUUCGUUGAAGAGCUGAGUGUGGUGUAAGUGAUUCUAUGCGCUGAAUAAAGUGCCUCUGAAAUCA